AGUAUAAUUAUUAUUAAAUAAUUACUAAUUAAUUUAGCUAAUUACGGUUCCUGUUGCUCGAAUUCAAUUGCUUUUUCAGUGCUUGAAUUUGGUUGAUUUAACUGUAUACAACUGCCAUUGGAGCUUCGUGUUUAGGGUUUUAAGUUCGUUUGCGGGUUUUGAUUGUUCUUUCUUUUGAGGAAAUGCUUACACGAUUUGAGAGUAGUUGUUUUGGUCAAUGGGGUUUUGGAAUUUAGAAGCUUUUCGUAAUGAGUCUCUUGGUCUGGUUUGGUUGACUUCAAAUCUCGAGCUUUUACUUGGAAAUUUCGGAGCUUUCACAUUGGGGUUUUCGAUUUUGUGCCUGUUUAGUGGUGUGCUGAGGAGGCUGUGGCUGUGUCGUGGCGGCAUGAAAGCUUUCUGCAUCUGAUGCAAGAGAAUCAGCAGUUGAUUACGAUAUUCUUUGACAUGGUUACUGAUUGUUGUGGGGAGGAUAGCUUUGAUACAUUAGCGACAGUUCGACACAGUUUUUGGAAAACUUCAAAAAGCUUGGAGUUUAGAUUGCUAAUCAUCAGUACUAUGAAUAUUUGAUUAGAUACCCCAGACACAGAUACGUGGACCCCACUACAAACUAGAGUCAAGAUUGUGGUGCACAUCACACGUACAGAUCAAAUGCCAUCUUUCAAGAUGAAGGCUCAAUCAAGCAUGGGAUGUUUACGAGAAAAAAAUGGUCUUCGUGUAUGUCAAAGGUCAAGUGUGAUUUCCAAGAAUUCUCAUGCUAGGAAAUCGGAACAUUCUGAAGAUUUUGACACUUGUAAUAAUUGUCAGGAGGUUUCUUCAAGCACACAAGUUUCUACUAUAGAAAUUGGAAGUGAUGAAGCAAUUGAACAUCAGGAAUUUCUGGGCGAGCAAACUGGUCAAAUUCAGAAGCAGUCAUGCGAUUCUCCCACCAAAAGAAUGGACUCCUGUCAGGCCUGCCCAUCAGACAUAAAGACAAUUUUCUCUCCUGCUUUGGAGUCCAGUGAAGUGAACGGCGAACAAAAUAGUGAACCAAAUGCUGACAUUGAUGCAGUGUUAGGAGCUGGUGACAGUGAUGAUAACGGAAGUUCAUGUGAUAAUCGAACUUGCGAUGUAUCAGAUUUCUACAUUUCUGACAUGAUAAUUUCAAGCUUACCCUUCGACGAGAAUGCAUUUCAUGAUGAUAUAAGUGAAACGAAUUGCUUCCAAGACUACAAAUCAGCUGAACCAAAUAUGUUUUUUGAUGUGUCUGAGCAAUACAUGGUAUUGCCUUUCCUAGAAGACACUAUCAGAAGCAGUAAUUUUAAUACUAAUGAUGACAAAUCAUGUGAAGAAGCCAUGAUAGAUACAAAUUGUGCUGAAAUGUAUUUGGGAAUUGGUCAGAUGAGCCCCUGCAACCUGGAAACGGUUGUUAACUCUUCUGACUCAAAUCAGGCAGAGUCCUUUGAUCCACAGUUGUUCAUAAAAAACUUACCAGAAUUAUCAGAGGUGGUAUCAAAUUAUCAACCCAACAUGUUGCCCGAGGAAGCUUCAAAAAGAAAGUCUGUAACUCUUGUACUUGAUUUGGAUGAAACACUGGUUCAUUCUACAUUGGAACAUCGAGAUGACGCGGACUUCACAUUUACUGUCUUUUUCAACAUGAAAGAGCACAUGGUAUAUGUGAAACGGAGGCCUCACCUGCAAACUUUCUUGGAGAGAGUUGCAGAAAUGUUUGAAGUUGUUAUUUUUACUGCCAGCCAAAGCAUAUAUGCAGCGCAGCUUCUUGAUAUAUUGGAUCCAUAUGCAAAGUUUAUAUCUCGCCGAGUUUAUCGUGAAUCAUGCAUUUUCUUGGAUGGCAGUUACACUAAAGAUUUGACAGUUUUGGGUGUUGAUCUUGCGAAAGUUGCCAUAAUUGAUAAUACUCCACAGGUCUUCCGCUUGCAAGUUAAUAAUGGAAUUCCUAUAAAGAGUUGGUUUGAUGAUCCGUCUGAUAGUGCUUUGAUUUCGUUACUUCCCUUCUUAGAGACCCUGGUUAAUGCUGAUGAUGUUCGUCCUAUAAUUGCCAAAAAAUUCGGUAACAAGGAAUAAGAGUCAAUUGCCUUCUCACUUGCUUGAAUAUAGAAGCUCAUUGCCCCCUCUCAUCCUUUUUAGCAAAUAUUGGCCUCUAAUCUAGAUGCUCAUCGUUCUUUUUCUUUUAAGGUCAUGAGAUAAAUAGCUAUAGAAUAAGCUCUUACUUUACCUUUUGUUAGCGUGCUGGUUCUUGUUCCCUUAUUUUCUGCGUUUCAGCUGACAACACUGUGGAAUGGGUUGUCUGAUUUUUGUUCAAAGGUAAUUGUAGAGAAAGUCUUAUUUAUCCUUAUUGUAUAGUUUUAAGUUUUGCUUAUCAGGGUGUACACAUGGGAAAAUUUAUCUAUACAAUCUUGGUCUUUAAUCA